AUGUCAAUUUUGACAGCUUCGACAGCCUUAGCCACACCUCUCGUUCAACCAGUCUCUAGGUCCGACUCCAGUGGUGCGGUAUGGGCUACGCCUCAUGAUAGCUAUUCCUCUUCGGUCGGCGUCCUCGGCUGCAAGGUUAACACUGACCGAAUCGCUUACUGGCCUGGCUCUGUCGACUGCAAUAACAUCUGCGUGUCGUUGAAGUACGACGGCCGCUCUGUAAAACUACUUCGUAUUGACUCAUCCGAAGGCGCCCACGACGUCAGCUACGAUGCCUGGAACUACCUCAUAACAGGAUAUUCGGCAACCAAAAAGCCUACAGCGGGUGGCGCUGUCGCCAUGGAAUUUGAGUACUUGGAGCCCUCGGCCUGUGCUGAUCUCAUCCAUACAAAAGGCCACAAGCUGCCUCUGAGUGCAUCAAAUAGUAUAAAUUUCCUCGCAAGCUGUCUCGGGGAGCCUGACAGCUGGGUCGCCAAGAAUUAUGUCUUGUACAAUAUUCAGGAUGCCAUUUGCUCCUGGGGCCACGAUGAGAAAUGUGAUCUAGAUUGGCCGAAUGCUAAUCAGCCUACCUGCUCACAUACUCUCGGUGAUCCAGUCGCCUUGACGACAGAUCCCGUCUAUAACAUUCGAUAUCCUUCGGGUGAGAAAGUGCUUGCUUCUUCGGGGCAAGUAGUUGCUGGAGGUGGGGACUCCGAAGAUUCGGGCGCUAGGAAGCCUAUUCCGGGAUUAUUCGAGGUGCCGAUCGUGGCAGCUCUCAUAAGCAUGGUGAAUUUACAUUCGUUAGCUGCGUCAUAG